CGAGAACACAUCUUUUCACUCUGAUCAGAAUUGUACAAUGUCAGAAUUAAACAUCAACGUCGAAUUCAGCGGCGGUAUGGAACUUCUAUUUAACAAUGUGAGCAAGCACACAAUCAAGUUCCCCGCUACCAACAAUGCUGGCAGCCCUUCUAAUCUCCAGGAUCUACUGUUUUACAUCCGUGAUAAUAUGAUGACUGACAGAAAAGAAUUGUUCGUUGAAAAGGAUACUGUUCGUCCCGGCAUUUUAGUGUUGAUCAACAAUGUCGAUUGGGAAUUGUGCGAUGAAUUAGAAUAUGAAUUACAAGAUAAAGAUGAGAUCGUAUUUAUUUCUACCUUACAUGGUGGUUAAUUGUAUAUAUUGGACGCAAGGAUCUAUUCUAUUGUUAUCUUACAUUAGACAGCCUUUGUAAAUAAAAAAAAAGUGAUUAUUAAGCAAGCGCUUCGUUAAAGAAUUGUGAA